AUGAACCGUAUCGACGCCAAGAGGCGCAAUGUCGUCGACCAUCGCAAGAAGCAGUUCGUCGAGGCAACUUACCAGCCGCAACAAUACCCCCACCGCCUCAACUUCUACACCACCCCUCCAACAGCAGAUAUUACUCUCGAGCAGUUUGAACAAUGGGCUAUCGACAGACUAAGGAUUCUUGCCGAGCUCGAGGCUUGCUCGUUCAGGAACAAGACACCGGCGGAAACAGCGGCGCACAUGGAACCACUACUCAAGAAAUACCUCCCUCUUGAUAACAAUAGCUCGAACCACUCCCAGCUGUUCGCCCAGAGGCAAAAAGAUCACUACAGCCAUUUUAUUCUUCGUCUUGCGUUCUCUUCAACGGAGGACUUGCGCCGUCGGUUUACUCGUGUCGAAUCAAUGCUUUUCAGAUUGCGCUUCCAGGGCGAUGACAUGAAGGAGCGCAACGCUUUUGUGCGCACGCUGAAUCUUGAUUGGGAACCAGUCUCAGAGGAGGAGAAAACGGAACUUGCCGCCGAGCUGGCAGCUACAGUUGGGUUCUCCGGCAAGAGAGGGCAACCGACGGUGCAGGAUGAGGAGUGGUCAAAGGUAGACUGGGAAAGAGUCCCUGAUUUGAUCGAGCACAGAAAGGUGUUUGUCAAAAGGGGGAAAGCCUAUGUCCCAUCGAGGGAGCAGCAGAGUAUGGUCAUGACGGAGUUUAACGCCCGUCUGGAGAAGUCGUUGGAGCUCACAGCCCGCGCCCUCCCCCGCCUCGACGAAGAUGAUCGCCUCACCCCUAUCCUGAACCACCUCUCCAAAAACUUCAUCGCCCCGGACUCGGUCUACACCAACUCCUCCUCGGCCAUCGAAGGCGCCGAGAUCUCCGCCCGCAACAUCGACAACCUCUCCCAACACUUCCCCAUGUGCAUGGCCCACCUCCACCGCACCCUCCGCCGCGACUCUAAGCUCCGUCACUUUGGCCGCCUGCAAUACACCCUCUUCCUCAAGGGCAUCGGUCUAAACCUCGAGGAGUGUCUUGUCUUCUGGCGGUCCUCCUUCAACAAGAUGACCGACGACGAGUUCAACAAGGGAUACCGGUACAACGUCCGUCACGUCUACGGUGAUGUAGGCGGUGACUCCAACAGGAGAAGCGGGGGCUACAGUCCGUACAGUUGUCAGAAGAUCCUAACGGAGCAUGCUCCCGGUAACGGGGAGGCGCAUGGGUGUCCGUACAGGCAUUUUGACGAGCAAAAUUUGAUGACGCUACUGGAGGGGGUGGGGAUUAGUGAUAAGGGGGUGCUGCAGGGGGUGAGGGAGGAUAAGCAGAAGCAGAAGUUUCAUAUGGCUUGUAAUAGGGUAUUUGAAUACGUUCACAAGAACGAGCUCAGGAGGGCAAAGGACGAGGGUAUCAUGACGGCUGCGCAAUUGGAGACGAUUGUGCAUCCUAAUGAGUACUUCAAGAGGAGUUACUUGUUGAAGAAUCUGGGCAAGAUGAAAAAGGAAGGGGACGGCGAUGUGAAGAUGGAGGGUUGAUGAGUAAGGAUAGGAUAGGAUAGGGAUAGGCGUUGUAAGAAGGAAACACCUGGUAAUUUUCGACAUGAUGUAUGACUUACCUAGAAGUCGGCGGUGAGGUUUGAGGUUAUACAACAGUCAGUGCCUCUCUGUCAGACGGGAUACGAACAAAUCAGGCUGUGGUUGGGUCUUAGUCCCUUAUUUUCUGACUGUCUCGGUCCCCUAUUCUUUCUGCCUUUGUCUUGAACACAAGACCUGGAACUCAUCCAAUCGAGAAGGUGA